AAUGGAAGAGCAGAGAUCGAAAACUGCUUGGAGGUCGACUAAGAAAGCACCAGAAUUUAAAAAGAGAUUGAGCUCUUCUGAAGAAGUGAAAGAAGGUCAAACUGUUGUUUUUUCCUGUAGUAUUUCUGCUUUACCGUCUCCUAGGAUUAAUUGGUACAAGGACGAGGAAAGCCUGUCGGGAAGAGCAGGAUAUUUCACGUCCGAGGAGGACGACGGUACAACGCAAAAUUUGGUUAUACGAAACGCCUCAAAGAAUCACGAAGGAACCUAUAAAUGUGUUGCUGAAAAUACAGAAGGUGUCGCCACUAGUACAGCACCUAGUAAAAGAGUGCUGUCGAGUAAAUCAAGGGACGUACGAAAUCCGGAUCACGUAAUUUCUUUACCUCCCAAUCUACAUGCUAUUAGUGAACACUACAGUAUGGAACAAGAAUUACAAGAUAAUAAUUCCGUUAAUAAUUCCAAUAAAGAGAUGGAGAUGUUUGCCAAUGACUUUUCUGAAGCUAUAUGGAAUGACGUUGAAGAUACAGUAGUCUCUAGGGCUGAUGAAAAAUCAAAAGAUAAUGAAUUAUCCCCGGAAUUAUCCAAAUUGACUCAGGAUCCCUGCGGUUCUAGAGAAGAUAAUAAUGAUCAAGAAAAAUUCUCUAACGAGGCUCUUUUUGAAGAAUUAAUUAAACAAGAAAGUAAAAGCUCUUUGGUUCAGGAUAAAACCCAUUCGUCUACCCCAUCUGAAGGGGAUAGUACUGAGACUGAUUGGCAAAAAGAAGAAAUUCCUUGUGAUUUUCAACAGGAAGGAGCUGUCAAGAAUACCCAGGAAGAUAUCAUUCCUCAAAAGCAACAUACCGAUGAGAACGAACUACUAGAGACAAGAGAGGAAAUUGAAGAGAAGACCAGUGAAUUUACAACUAAACUGUUAUUAGAGGCAGCUAAGGACGAAUGGAAAGAAGGUGAGAAUCUUCUAGCUGAGAAAAAAGAUAGUGUAAACUUGAAAGAAAUUGCGAAGAACAUAGUUAUUGAUGUUAUUUCAAGCAGUCAAAAAGAGAUAUCUAAAAAACCCAUUACGCAGAGUGUUUGGUCAGCUGAAUUUCAGAAACAACUAAGAGAAAAAAUCUUUUCCGUACCUGCUAUACUAUUUUUAACCUUAAUCUUUGUUGCUGGAGUACUUGGUUCAAUUUUUGAAAUUGGAAUUUUACCCUUUGCCUUUUGCGUUACAGUUGCCUUCCUUAGUAUACUUUUCUCUUAUCAAUUUUUCACCAACUGUGAUAAUUGA